GGAGGGGUUAUCUUGGGAAAGCAACGCUACUGAUUGGCUGGGAGCUAUUGUUUCUGCUAGUAGGCGAGGAAUGAAUAACCGUGGGGUAUUCCCUAAUGUUAGUGGCUUCACUUGUUACUGUGUUAGGACUCAUUGGCUGGCAGGAGGGCAGCGAGACGGCCAAAGCUAAAUCACCGGCAAGAUAAUGGCGUCUGUUCUGAGAAGACCUGGGUUGGGUGUUGCUCAGCGUAAAAAAACUGGGGCAAAACCAGAACUAACAGAGGAACAAAAGCAGGAAAUUCGUGAAGCUUUUGAUUUGUUUGACACAGAUGGAUCUGGUACUAUUGACGUGAAGGAACUAAAGGUGGCCAUGCGGGCUUUAGGCUUUGAGCCAAAGAAAGAAGAAAUGAAAAAAAUGAUUGCAGACAUUGACAAAGAUGGUUCCGGCACUAUUGAUUUUGAGGACUUUUUAGCUCUUAUGACUCAAAAAAUGAGUGAGAAAGAUUCAAAAGAAGAAAUUAUGAAGGCUUUUCGAUUAUUUGAUGAUGAUGGGACAGGGAAGAUAUCCUUUAAAAACCUGAAAAGGGUCGCAAAGGAAUUAGGAGAGAAUUUAACAGAUGAGGAGCUGCAGGAAAUGAUUGAUGAAGCAGACCGUGAUGGGGAUGGGGAAAUAAAUGAACAGGAGUUUCUGAGAAUCAUGAGGAAGACCAGCCUUUACUGAUCGCCAGCUUCAUAUGCACAUUUUGCUUUAUCUCUUCUUUAAAAUGUUGUGGUUGAAUUGAUGCUGUAUAAAGCCAGUACACUGUUUAAAACUAUUUUUGUAGAUUUAAGUUGCAUCAAAGGACCUAUUUAUUGUAAGAAUCCUGUGCCAGCACGCUCACUUUUAUGUAAUAUGUGUUUGUUGCAGUUUAACCUUUGAAUUGUCUCAGCAAGUUUAUCUUCUGUAAAUAUGUGUCUCUGUAUGUAUAAAUCUUAAAAGGUUUGUAUAAAUUCAAUAUAUUAUGGUUCUUUUUUUUGGGGGGGGGGAUUGACAUUAAAUUAUAUUUCAGUAUGUAAUCUUGUUAUAUUGUUAAUUGUCUUCAUUUAUAAUACAGGUUUGCAGGUGUAAUUUAAGGGACAGUAAAGUCAAAAUGAAACCUAUGAUUUAGAGCAUGUCAUUUUAAACAACCUUUCAAUUUUACUUCUGUUCUCAAAUUUGCUUUAUUCUAUUUAGUAUUCUUUGUUGAAAACAUAACCUAGGUAGACUGAUAGGAGCUUAGGAGCGUGCAUGUGUCUGUGGCAGCAGUGUUUGUAACAUUGCUAUAAAUAAUGUUACAAACACUCUUGCAGAGGGCUUGAGACACCUGCACGCUCCUGUGCUCAUCUAGGAAUACUCUUUAACAAAGGACACCAAGAGAACUUAGUAAAAUUUAUAAUAGAAGUAAAUUGGAAAGUUGUUUAAAAUGUCAUUAUCUAUCCAAUCAAAGUUUCAUUUUGACUUCAUUGUCCUUUUAAGUAAAAGCUGAAUGUUGUCUAAUUUAGGACAAUUUCUGCUUUAACUAUUAUUUUGGAAUUGGGUGGAGAGUUGUUUUCAGAGUGGUUGGGGCAACAUACAUUUGUUUUUAAGUAGAUAUAUUUACCAGUUCAGCCAUGGUACAUAGCUUUGGGAAUGUUAAUGGAACCUUUAAAGGGAUAGUAUACACCAAUUUUCUGCAUGUAAUAGACGCUACUAUAACAAUAUAGAACAAUAUGCACAGAUACUAAUAAAAAUCCAGUAUAAAACAAUUUUUAAAAACUUGCUUAGAAGCUUCCAGUUUAGCUCUGUUUAAAAGGUUACUGGAACACCCACUGCUAGUGGGAAAUAGCAGACACUCCCCUUCCCCCUUCAUUUGCAUAUGAAAAGGCCCUUUACUCAAACGGGAACACGCUGGAGUCUGAAAAUCAGAACAAAGUUAUUUAAAAAUAAGCAAAACUAUCCAUUUAAAAAAAAAAAAAAACCCUGUAUGGGCUAUAUAAAUGGAUCAUCUACAAAACAUUUAUACAAGGAAAAAUCUAGUGUAUAAUGUCCCUUUAAGUUAGCUCUCACAAGCCAAGGACCAAGCUCUCACUUCCUACUCCACACAUAUCAGCUACAGCCUUUACAGCUAGAGCUGCUGUCCCCUUUUUCUCCCUGUGCAUCGCCCCUUUAGAAAUAAGCAUUGUAUUAGUUUGUUAUUAAGCAACUACUAAAGGUCCAUUGAACAAGGUUUGGGAAAUGUGUCUGCAGUGCAAUUUGCAGCAUUUGCUCAGUGACUGUAAUAUCAAAUGUAUUUAUAUAUUGCUAGUUGCAGCCCUUGGCUUGAAUUCAUGAUUUGUGUGAAUCUGUGAUUGUGUUCUUGUAAAUGGAAACCAAAGAGAGGGGGUGGGGGGAAUGAAAUCCUAUAUAGAAGUAUUGGAUUUCUCUAAGUAAACCAAAUAUAACAACAUAAAGCUUAGGCAGUGCAUUCUGUGUCUUUCUGUAAAACUGAAUCUAUUCUUCUGAUCUCAGUGUAAAGCUAAUAGGGAAACGUAUUGUUCCGAACAGGUGUCUUCCAUAAGCAUAGGGAGAAAUGCAAAAGUCUAGUUGUCACUUGUCCAACCUAAGAGCCAGGGUCCAUAAUGGAGUCUUCAACUGAAUUUUUUCAGACCCUACACUUUUUUUCCCCCCCAAUGUUAAGUCUCCAAUCCUGUGGGAAAGUUAUUGGUAUAUUUGUAUGACGGCUGCACUAUUUUUCUUCAAGCAGCAAAUUUACAGUGAUCUAUAUGUAAGACAGCAAAUCUUGAACCUGUCAGAAUAUGUAGUCAGUGCAUCUGUGUCAGCACGUGUAGCUAUCUAGCUAAGCUCUGCUUAUUUGAAGUGUGAUAUAUAUUUGAUCUCCAUAUUAUUUAUACAAUGUGCUCAUCUGGUUUUUUUUUUUUUAGUAAAAAAACUAAAAGGUUAAAUCAUAUUAUUUAUGUAAACGUUUCUGUUUAGUCACAAAGCCUUUCAAUGCUUUCAUAAAAAUGUAUGCGCUUGAUCAAAAUCUACGUGUAUCUUGAUUUAUGUACAAAAAUCUCCAUAGACUCUAAUGGCGAUUUUUUCCAUUGUAAAUUGUUAGAUACAUUUAUCUAAAGGAUUAUGAUUGACCCUCUUUUGGUAAACUCUAAAACUGCAAUUCAAUUAAAUUCAAGUUUGCAAAACACUGGUUUGAAGAAGGGAAAAAAAAAAAAAAAGACAACAACUAGAAUACAUUUUAAAAUACCCUCUUUUAUAUAAUAACAAUAUUCAUACAUGUAUUCAAUGUCCCUUUAAAUAAAUGUGUAUCAGAAGAAUCCAUGGUUUUUCUUUUGGAGAUCUUGUAAAAUGUUAAGAUCUGAUCAUUUUUACAAAGUGUCUUAUUGCUAAAUGUUUGUUGGUUACAUGUAAACAUAUGUUAAAUAAAAAGAAACUUCCUUUUUUAA